AUGAUGAAAAAAGAUGGAGACAGUGAUAGUGAGAGUGGUUGCUGUGAGACUGUGAGUGCUUACAGUGGACUGAGUGCAGCAGUGCCACAGGAUGUCACUGUUUCCUUUGAGGAGUCAGACACCAGCGACAUCUUGAGGAGCAGUGUGAAUAAAGCUGCACUGGGAAUCAUGUCUUCCUCUGGCCUGGACAGGUGUCCCCUGACACAACAAGAGUUCCUGACAUCAUAUGCCUACCAUGAGAAGAAACAGGCCAGUGUCAUGGAGAGAACCAAGUCUGCUGUGUCAACAGGCAUGAAUUUCAAGUGCAGUAAGGAAUGUUUGCUGAACAAUUUGUACAAGAGAGUGCCAAUUUUUAAAUGGCUGCCUGAGUAUGAUUUCAAGUCAAACAUGUUGGGUGAUCUGAUUGCUGGGAUUACUGUUGCUGUGAUGCACAUACCUCAAGGUAUAUAUAUAUGA